ACUCGCGCGUGCACGGAAGAAACUCGAGGAACGGGAGAAACUCUUGCCAGUCGCUCGACCUCGCUGUUCUUUCUUUCCUCGCGAAUCAACGUCGCCAAUUUACUUACCUGAAGAGUGAAAAAAAAAAAAGAUUCCCUCGGAAGGGUUGAAAAUUCGCGCCAACCGGAGAUUCGCAUGUGUUUUCGCGACGUUUUCCUGUGCUGCGAGAAUUACUGUUUCCACUCCGUUUCGAGGGAACAGGAAAAUUGUGUGCAAUUUCGUCGGUGUCGAAGAUCGAUGGUUUUGGUUGAUCUUUCGAAUCGAAACUAAACCGAAUCGUUUGGAUUUCGGUUUAUUCGUUUCUAAUCGUUUCAACGGGAUGGCAAGGAAACGUAACAGAACUAGACUUUUACCUCGAAAUGGAGGACUACGAUAAUUAAAUGAACCUCGGAGAGUCAUCAACUAGUGGAAUUAAACGAGAUGAAAUUUUAUUACGUUACUCAUCUUCUCGGUUUAUAAUUCAUCCUCAGACGUUUAUUCGCGUUUGAGGUGUUAAAUUUUUUUUUUUAUAUCAAAGCUCUAGAUUGAAUUAUUCUGGAAUAUGUUUAUGAAAUUUUUCGAAAUAACACAGAAGGCGACAGUGGUUGUUGAAUUAAGGAUAACAUUCUUGUAACGUGGCAAAAAUGACUUUAUUAAAUUAGGGUUUCGUCAUUUCAGUGCUUCAAUUUCGAUGAUAAAAUGUGACAAAUGGAAUAAAAGAGACUUUGAUUGCGAAAAAAGAAAGAGUUGAAAAUGCGCAAGACGACGAGGCUUCGUUUUAUUACUUAUGUUAGUUUCACGGUUGGCGGUUAAUUUUCAGCAUUUUCUGCGAAAUAAGAGAGGAGGUACUUUCACUUCGAUGCCCUGAGUGUUUCUCGAUGAUAAACAUCGAUUCGAGUAUCGGAAAAAAACGUUCCUCGACGAAACAGUGACAAAGUGAUAUAUGGGACGUUGUUCAAGAUAUAACAAAUCAGAGAGGCGUUGUCGAGACUGACAGAGAGGGUUUAGCUGCAUUUGCGAGAGUAUUCUUCAGAAAUGGUCAGCCAACACGCGAUGGCCACCACGGUUCGAAAAGUUAAGCAGGAGAAUCGUCUCAGGCGGCAAAAUCAAAACCAAGAUGAGGAGGAACUUUACAAGCCUGUACCACCACCGAAACCGGUGCCGAACAAUCAGAAGAAUCAGAACGGGCAACAGGAGAGCAGGGUGCAGACGGUAGCCGAGCAAUCAUCUCGGACGACUUCCGGCGUAGAAAGGAACGCCACGUUAGACGACAACCAGCUUCGAAGUUCUGGGCAGACCAUUGCACCGGAAUACAGGAUGCCACCGCUUUACGGGGAGGAACAGAGCUCAAAUCAGUCUCAACAGGCAGCUAAUUUGCAGACUCAUAGUAGCAAAUUUCCGAUAGAACGCGAGGUGGUUUUGUCGUCAGGAGACAAGAAUUCCAAAAUCCCUAUUCUUCACGAGUACAAACAAAGGACUGCCGGAAGAAUCGCUAUUGCACCGGAUGCACCGGUCAAGCAACAAGCUUGGGUUCAAGAGGGAAGUCAGAUGCAAGAAGUGAGACAAGAGGGUCAAACAAGGAAUUAUCAAGCCCCGGAAUCUUACGCGUCGACGUCCGCCGCAUCGGCACCGAGGACGACGAAGAUCGAUGAAGAGAAGAGCAAGUCCUUAUCGAGGACUUACCAUACAAUUAAGGACAUGAUAUCCAGUCGUUUCGGUCAAAAUCGUAAGGACACCGAAGCGGAACCGGAAGCGAGCUUAAAUAACGUCACGGAGGAAUUAAGGAAGUCUAGUAGAAGCAUUGACGAAGAAGAGGCAAAGAAGAAGGAAGGAAUUUAUGGGAAACCACGGGCACAGGAACCUUCCAUUAAUAUGCAACAAUAUCCGAAAAAUGCUUGCGGUCAAUAUGGACACUCGUAUAGUUACCUGAGCAAUCAACAGAACGUCCCACUUCCUGGACAACUUCAGCCGACAUCGCAGCUUCAACCUAAUUUGCCGGGUCAGAGUGCUCAGCUUCACGUGACGCACCAUGCACCGCCUGGAGGAGUUCAGACGGUCCAUCAAACUCAAGUUCCCACUUUCGGCCAAUCAGCGACAGGUGGUCAACAGGUGCAAAAUGUUGCUAGGGAAUACGUUGUUCAGGGACCAUCUGGAUUGCCAAGUCAGCAAUUGCAUCAAGGACUACAUCAGAAUUCUCAGAACCAGGGACAGAACUCCCAAAUGCAGAAGGCUCACGGUCUACCCAUGCAACAACAUGCAGUAGGAAACACUAUGCAGCCAACAAAUCAAAACUUCCAAAGUCCGCAACAGCUUUUGCAUCAAAAUCAAAACCAUCAUCAGAGUCCCAGGUUCGCACAGCAGCACGCGCAGAACAUGCAUCAACGUCAACUGAUCCAGCAGAUGCAUCAGCAGCAGCUUGCUGGCCAACAAAACACUCCAUCCGGCGUGAGAAACGUGCAACAGAGCUACUUCUCGAAUAACGUAUCCUAUCAACAGUAUCAGCAGGCUCGACAGGCAAUGUCAAGGUCUCAAAUCGACCUGCCUAGUACUUCGAGGCAGACACAGGAGCUGAGAUUGUCUGGGCAAGAAGUGUACUAUCAUUACGCCCAAGGUCGACCAAGGUACGGAGUGCCUCAGGUGUACAUGAAGACCGAAAACAAUCAGGAAGUCGAAUUUCAGCGACGAAACUCGACGAAGGGCAUCGAAAAGGCCGCAUCGCAACCUCAACUCUGUUACGAAGACGAAAGGGUGAACGAACAAUCUAGAAAUCCAGUUGACGCUAUGAAGGCUCUCACGGUGGAUCCGUUAGAUAAAGAAAGGUACGAAAUCACGGUGGAAGACCGUGGGCUUGGCGAGUUUGGUCGAAGCGAUUCUCAGAGAAAGGACGAAUACAGGCCAGAGACCAGUUUCGGUAUUCGUAGAGAUGACACAGUUAGAUGUUCGAAGAGAGAACAGGAACAAGUGGGAAUAUCUGGCCAAGACAAUCAAGAAUCAGAAGCAACAUCCGUUCAGAAGAGGAUCGAGGAGUUACAGAAGCGUGCUGAAGAGAAUCAUUACUCUUCGAAAUCGUCCAAAGAAGGUAUGGAAACGGACGGAGCCAGAAAUUCAUCCAAUUCGAAGAUUGGAAAUGCCGAUAGCUCAAAAAGGGCCGAGAAUCAAUAUUCAAAGGAGUCAACAGUGAAAUCAGAAACGAGGAAAGACGAUCUGGAACAUAGCAUUGGCCGAUUGAAGAUUCAGAAUCAAGGAUCUGGAUCGGAUUAUGACAAAGCUGGACAAAGCUCCUCCAAUGUUGAUUCGGGAAGAGGAUCUGCUGUUUAUUCCAGCGGAAGGAGACCACCACCGGAAGACCAAACUCAUCCUCCAGUACAAGACUCUGAGUGGGUGGACAUCGUUGAAUCAGAGUUGAGGAGUAUUCUGGAGCCAAGAGAUGUCCCUGCGAUGGCACAUUCCACUUUAUCUGAAAGUGUAUCAUCGGUAACACCACCCCUGCCGCCGCUUUCGCCCCAUGAAAGUCCCAGAACACCGAGAAAUCGAUACUCGGCGAGCUUACCAUACGGAUCGAAACCUAAUUACAGCGAUUACAGCAAGGUCAUGGAAAAAAGAGGAUUCUCGGGCAAUUCGAAGCAUCGUGGGGCCUCGACUUCGAAGAAAGAGACGGCAAAGAAAUUCUCCCAUCUUUUCGGCGUCGAAGCGGGAGAUCUAACAUCGACUACAACUGGACUCGAUUUAGACUCCAUGUUGGAUAGGAGCGAUUCUGAUCUGAGCACAAAUGAUGCCAGAACCAUUAGGAAGCAGUUGGAAGGCUUAGAGAAUAUGUACAGCGAGGUACUAAAAUUGCUAGGUGGGAGUGUGAAGAAAAAACGAAAGGCUAGAGGUCUUACUAGUUACGGUUCGGUCUCCUCAUUGCCAACAUCAUCCGUUUCGUCUAGACCUGUCACCAGGCAUCAUGAUAAACGUAGAUCCCAUGUUAUUGACGAUAGGAUGAAGAAAGCCAAAGACAUCAAGAGUAUAAAUAAACGCUUUCAACGAUUAGAAUCUCACGUAGUCACACUUGCGAGAUCGGUGGCACACUUAAGUUCAGAGAUGAGAACCCAACAUCUAAUGAUACAGGAAAUGGAGAACAUAAGGGGCGAGAUUGCUGCACUGAGGACACAAACGAGCAUGGCAAUGGUGAGGUCACAGUCCCAACCACUAAUCAAGGACUCCGAAUUGCCAGCCCUUUCCAAUCCUUCAAGGGUGAAAAAGCUCACCAAGUUCUUCGGCACGGAACCACCCUUGAUCCGAUUAUUCCUCAGGGAACUUGGGUAUGAGAAAUAUGCAACUGCAUUUGAGAAGGAAAAGGUCGGAAUGGUGGAACUUCCGUACCUAAGCGAAGAAAGGCUGCAAAAAAUGGGAGUACCUCUGGGACCACGGUUGAGGAUUCUUCAAGAAGCACGAAUAUCGGUGUGCAAAGAUCCAAUUUACGUUGUGUGAAUUCCAUAAUACGUAGUUCUCUGGUAAACUAAAGAAUAGUCUAUGCACCGAAUCGAAUGAAAGGGAAUAAGAAAUAAGGUUCGAGUAACCGUUUCCUUUUCAUUUUUUUGAAGACAUUUAACAAUCAUCAGUUUUAAAUUGUGAAAAGUGAUCCGCUGAAAAGUAUUUUUUAACAAUGGAUAAUUGUUGCUUGCAAGACCAAACAAACUUGCAAGAAUGAAACAAGAAAACGAAUGUGUAGCAAGAAGAUUGAAAGAAGAAUGAACAAAUAUUGCUGAAGUCUUAUGCAAAAAUGUCUUUUACUGUUUGAAAGACUAAACUGGACUUAUCAUUCUGCUAUAAAUUCCAAAUAUGAGACUCGAAACUGUCACUAACAUUGUGCACUUUGUUUCCUGUCUAAUGGAAAGAACAUUAAUAUUCUCUUACGUUUAUGUUUGAUACAAACUUUAUUCAAAGAAGCGAUAAUUAAAUAGGGUACAUUAAUUAAUAAAGAUACUAGUUUCAAGAAUAGUAAUAAUUCUAGAAAUUUAGUUAUUCACGAAAUUGUUCAAUUUCGCUUAAAUAAUUUAUUAUAAAUUAUUAGUGACCUAAACGUCGUUACGUAGAAUAGUAACUUCCUUACUCAUUGCCUUAUUAUUAGUUACAAAUUUCAUGGAAAAAUAAUUGAUGUUAAUCAAAACGUAAAUAAUACCAUCCAUGGUAUUAUCAUUAAUUAUAAAAAAUACUCAUUUUUAUUAUGCCAGCGUUUGAUUAAGGGAAAAUCUAAGAGGGGCUACAGCCCCGAGCCACACUUCCACGGGGCUUCGUUAUAUACCUUCCACUUGUUACGUCAUAAAAUGUUGAAUUAAAUUUUUUUUACUAUUGCCUUUCUUCUUUGCAAUUAAAUGUUAUUUAAUGUUAUUUAGAAUAAAUUUCGAUUUUUCACCAUAUUUAUUAACCAAGGAAACCCUCGAAGGUUUGAUAACUCUAGGCUCCAAAAAUCUUAAUUUGCUCCUACUUCAUGCAACUGAAGUAAUUGUUUACCAACAAUUCCAAGUGAUUCCCUCAGAUUUUAAUAAAAUUUUAUACGUUGAUAAAUCAUGUUAUUACGAACCUUUUUGUAUGUACAUACAUACAUACAUACAUACAUGGCUAUGGACGUAGAUAAUCAAUAAUUUAAAAGAUACUUAAAAUAAAAGCUAUUCGGGCCAUUAUAAUUCAGGUACCAUUUUUCCAAAUUAGUAAAUGCAAAUGAAUUUGCUUUGUAAUAUUUAAAAAUUUGAAGAAAUAGUAUAGGAUAGCAUAAAUUUCCAAAGAAUUAUAUCAACAUGUAUUAGGACAUGCAUAAUUUAAAGUUUAGGCAUUCCAAUCCCUAUAAUACAGAAAAAAAUUUUAAUAGUUACUCAAAGUAAUUUAGAAGAAAUUGGUUUUUCUGUUAUACCUAACACAUAUAAAUUGUGAAGACAGCAGUUUAUCACGCACUUAUGUACUACACAUAUUCACGACGUAGAGCCGGCGGGCGAGGGGCACGCGAAGGAGGGACUGCAGCCAAUCGACUGUCGGCGUGAAUAUGUGUUAGUGUCACACGCCGCGACAAGUUCGAUGCAACUCAAUGUACUUACAGUACCGAGCAUGGCAGACUUCAUUUCAGAAAAUGCCGGGAAGGAUGAAUUUUCAAAAUUCUAAUUUAGAAGAUGCUAAUAUUAUAUAAGAUUAAUUUAGGAAAAGUUAAUAUGAUUUAUAAUUAUUAAAUAGUAUAAAAUUUAAUAUACAACUACAAAAUAUUAGGUAAAUAAAAAUUACACGCAAGUAAUGGGGCUUUCUUCCACUGCUGCGUUUCAUGUGUGAACAUUUAUUUUUGAAAAUUUUACUUAAUAUUUCUUUUAUUUCUAAUAUUUAGUGGUUAUAUAUUAAAAUUUAUAAUAUUCAAUAAUUAAACUUUAUAUUAACUUUUCCUGAAUUAAUCUUGAUUUUAGAAUUUUGAGAAUUACUCCUUCCCAUCAUUUUUUCUAAGAAAGUCUACCAUGCUUAUACUGUACCUAAUUAUAUAAUUAUGUGAAGAAAAUACAAUUUGAAAAGGAAUACUCUUUUAUUUGUUAGGAACUGUUACAGCAAAGUAUUAACCGUCUACGUGGAAUAUCAUAUGGGUAUAUACAAAAAGAAUUUGUAAUAAUAUCAUCUACCAAUAUGCAAAAGUUUACUAAUUGUAAGCUUUGAAGAGGACACUUGUGGCGGUUUCCUUGUAAGACAGACGUGCACAAUUCCACCUAUGUUUUCAGAUGUUUUCACUACUUAUAAGAAAUUUAUAAACUAAGAACUAGAUUUGUUAAUUAGCAUUAUUUUAGAGUCUGUAGAAAGAAAAAACUUCGGUUUACAGCGUCUCAACCAAAAAUUACAACCUGCUAAUAAAUAAUAAAUAUUUUUGUUAAAAGCAACGUGAUUGAUCUUAUUUUUUACUUAGAAUGGAAAAACCCUAACUGUUUGAUUUUAAUUUUAUUCGACUUCUGUACGAUGACAGCAUACAGCUUCCUAAUGAAAAAAGCGUGGAAAGUGUAAAGCGUAAAGGGUAGGCACUCGACUGUUUGACAAUUUUAAAAAUCUAAAAAUGCAUAUUUUUGAUAUGUACCAUGAAGUUCUCAAAAAAAAGGUACUAAAGUUUUAUUUUAGUUUUAUUAACGGAAACUUAUCUCUUUUUUUUACAAUUUUAUUGCGACACAGAAAAUAUUGUAAAAGAAUAUUGCAUCGAAAUUAUUAAUAUUUAAAAGAAAGUUACAGCAUUAUAUUAAUAAAUAUUUGGUGUAGUAUAAAAGGAGAGACGUUUAGCACUCUCUUAAACAAGGAUGAAAGUAUAUAUGUUUUUUAGAUGUACUUGUAAUUUGAUUAAAUAUUAGUUACAAUUAAAAAA